UAAGCACCGUAGAGGGGUGGAGGUGUGAUGACCUCCCAGAGCGGGCGACAGGGGGAAGUUUGGGUGGGCGUCAGCCUGCCCAAAGGUCCCCAUGUCACCCCCGGUCCACCCUGGGCAACGUCACUAGCGACUGGCACUCGUGCCUCUUUCUAGUGGCGGCUAACAUCCACACUGGUGUCGUCACUGUGGUGCGUGGGUUACUGCUGACGACCUAUAUAUAACCCACCUGUGCUAGGACCUGCACAGUUGAGCGCCGUAUGCAAGGAUGAAGGGAUCCUGGCGAUUGAGCCACUGCCAACCCGCGUGGCAACACGUCUGCUUAGGCCAUGAUUUCGGGCAAAACGGUGGCCCGGGCUACUAGCCACAGUCCGGGAAAUGGUCAUGUGAGGUACCGUAAGUGGGCUCACGGCGAGAAGUGGGGGGCCCCAGAGGCAGUUUCGGCUGCUGAUGUGGUGGUGAACGGCCAUGCUGAGGGAGUGCGUUUAGGUGAUCCUGGCGUAGGGCGUCUGACCUGGGUGACCCUACGUCCCACCUUUACAAGCGCCUGAUGUCGCGCAACUAGCCAACUCCUCAUUUCUAUACCCGAGUCGGUGUCCUAACGACUGAAAGCAACUUUUAUAUGUGUGAGUAGGCGUUCCCAGAGGUGUGGGCCCUUGUAGGGUGGGAGCCGAUGAGGAUGAAGUUUAUACGUACGAACCAUGGAUAACAGGUCGUCAAAAAAUAAACCCCAGGCUCAUCCAGCGGCGUCCAUCGCUAAUGGUGAGGCCACACAGGCGAGACAAGCUGUUCCAGCAACAGUGCGUCAAGCCAACAACUCGGCUUGUCCGCAACCCAGUUCAUCUGGUGAGCAGACUGGCUCAAACUCCUUCCAGGACUGGCAGGAAGUGGACCGCAGGCCCAGGCAGCGACCCACUGGUGGGAAAUCUCGCCCUGCCGGACCUGUGACGUCUUCAACUUCUAACCCAUCCCGCCCUGUUCAAUGUCAAGGAGGGGUGGCUAAGAAGAUGAAGAAGAACAAGAACCAGCGGCGUGCGGCUCGGCUAGCACGAGAGCUGGAGCUGGCCAUGGCCACCACAUACAACCCCAAACCGGCGCCGAACAAGCCGACGGCUGCUGGCAGACCUCCGCCGAAGGGGAAAGGUUCCACCCUACCCCCCAAGGCUGGAAUGUCGGCCAGUACCCCUAAGGGUCCGGCCGCAGGUCCACCCAAACGAUGCCCCGUAAAGUUCGCACAAGCCGCUGCUAAAAGGAAACCAGACGAGUCCUGCUCCCCCAAAGGAGAUUACAAAAAGCAGCGACUGGUGAGCCCCAGCCAACCGGGCGUGUCGAAGACACAAGCAACGGCGUCUGACCUGACAAUCGUCAUUACUGACGCAAAGUCGGGGAAGAUCUCCGCGGAUCAAUCAAAUGCCAUUCUCCGCGGGUUGCACCAAGCAAUUGCGGAGGAGGCAAGAAAAAACAUCGUGGGAGCCACGCCACCAAAAUUCAAGGGCAAGCCUAUCUUCGCUGAGGGGCAGCUGAGGAUCUUUGCGGAAGACGAAAACUCGGCCGCCUGGUCUCAGCAGUGCGUCAAGGCCCUAACCUUGCCAAACAUCUCCCUGACGGCUGUUCGCCAGUCGGAGAUGGCAAGGAGAGUUAAAUGCGGGCUCCUAAUACCCAACAUAAACAAUUCGUCCUGGGAAGACGUCCGGCAGGCAGCUGACGGACUAAAGUAUCAGAACGAAUGGGCCAAGGUCGGUACCUGGUCCAUUAUUGAGAUACUGCGGCAAGACCAGGGGUGGUUUGUCGCCUUUACAAUCUCCGAGGACCUUGUCUCCGCCUUCAUGGAAAGGGGCAGAUCCCUGAACUGUGGGGUGGGCAAUGUCUACCUCAGGUUCAGGGGUCCUGGGGGCAAAUACGUGGACCAGCCUCCCACCCUGCAGGGUUCUACCCUAAGGGUAACGGAUGCACAGGUCCCAACCCAACAGGCCGCGGGCACCCCCGAGCAGAGCAAGUCUGUCUCCGGGGAGACAGUUGCCCCCUCAUUGACAUCCAAGCCGACGAUACCCGAACUCUCAUCCGAGGGUGAGGACUUGUCGGCUUGGAUAGAAUCGGGGUCAGCCAACAUGUUGAAGGAGGGAGGGGAGAUAGGCUAUUUCGCCCCUACCACCGACAACAUGUAUACGGUUUAGUGUCCUCCAAGCAAACCUCCAGCACAGCGUGGCCGCUACGGUCCAACUGAGGCGCUGUCUGGAAGGUUUGCCUACACUCCGUUCCCCUCCUACAAGAACCUUGGACGGGCAACGGACACAUACGCGGGCUCUCCAACACAAAAGGCCAAGCAACACAAGAUACCCCCCAAACCAGUCCAGAAACUCCCCAGAUAGGUCAAGAAACUCAAGAUACUCCCCUGACCGAUCAGGUUACCCCUCAGACCAUCUGAGCAACUCCAGACACUCCAGAUAGGUCGGGAAACUCAAGAUACUCCCCAGACCGAUCAAGAUACCCCGCAGACCGAUCAAGAUUCCCCCCCGACCGAUCAAGGUACCCCUCUGAUCAGGCAAACAACUCGAGAUACCCCCAAACCUCAAGAAACUCAAGAUAUUUUCCAGACCGGUCAAGAAAUGCGACAGAAUAUCCGGCCUGGUCAAGAGAUUCCAGGCACUCACUGCCCCGGUGACAAAAUACAAUAUUCAGAAUGAAAUGAUUAACAAGUCGCGAUCUUUGGCCAAUACCUGAUUUUUGUGCCGAAACUUGCCCAAACCUAAACUUUGGUUUGUACAGUCGCCAUCAGAUAUAUCGGAGCGCCCGGGCUGCUCACAAAUAUCCGAACACGCCUCUAUUGUCAAGGCGAUAGAGUGCGUGUACAGAUAUUUUGAGUACCUAGGGCGCUCUGAUAUAUCUGAUGGCGACUGUACAUUAAGUAUGACACUGAACAUAACUAAGGUCGGUUUUUUUAUUCCGUAGAGUAAAAUGAUGAAAUGUCAUUUUAGUCUACGGAAUAAAAAAACAGAAACACCUAUGAGGAAAUUUUUAAAUUGCUGUCAGAUUACUUUUUUUGAUUUUGUGAUUGAGAUGUAUGAGUUUUAACUAACAAAAGUUGUAAUAGAUAAAUGAAUGAUAUAUGUAUAGGGAUUAAAUGUUUAUUUUCUCUAAUCUUAA